CGGCGGAGGCUGCUGCCGCCACCCCCCUGCGGGGGUGGCCGGGGGUCCCGGCUCGGGGGAUACCGUUCCAGCUGAGGCGUCCACCAUGGUGAGACCCCUGAGCCGCUGUGCCCGCGCCCCCACGGCCACCGCCGCCCGCCGCCCCUCGGAGCCGCUGCCGCUUCCCCGCCUGCUGCCGUCGCUCCUCCAUCUCCAGGUCGGAUCACCGUGAGGGAAAAGAUGAGCGAGGAGACGGCGACUUCUGACAACGAUAAUAGUUAUGCACGAGUGCGAGCCGUGGUGAUGACCCGAGAUGACUCAAGUGGUGGAUGGUUACCACUCGGAGGGAGUGGACUGAGCAGUGUCACUGUCUUCAAAGUCCCUCAGCAGGAAGAGAAUGGCUGCUCUGACUUCUUUAUCCGUGGAGAGCGACUCAGGGACAAAAUGGUGGUUUUGGAGUGUGUGCUUAAAAAGGACCUCAUUUAUAAUAAGGUCACUCCCACAUUUCACCACUGGAAGAUUGAUGACAAGAAGUUUGGCCUCACCUUUCAGAGUCCUGCUGAUGCUAGGGCUUUUGAUCGAGGCAUUCGAAGAGCAAUAGAGGAGAUUUCUCAAGGGUGCCCAGCAUCCAAAAAUGAAGCUGAAGGAGAAGAUGAUUUACAAGUACCUGAAGAAGACACUUCGAGUUCUCUAGUGAAAGAUCGCCUUUUCCAGCAAGAGACGGUUGUUACCAGUGAUCCUUAUAGAAGCUCACACAUAAGACCAUCUCCCUUUGAAGAUCUGAAUGCUAGGAGGGUCUACUUGCAAAGCCAAGUCAACCAACUAACAUUCAGUCAGCCAGGCCUAGACAUUCAGAGCCGAAGUAUGGAAUAUGUACAGCGGCAGAUAUCCAAGGAAUGUGGAAGCCUAAAGUCCCAAAAUAGGGUCCCCUUGAAGUCAACCAGACAUGUCAGUUUUCAAGAUGAAGAUGAGAUUGUCCGAAUAAACCCUCGAGAUAUCUUAAUACGUCGGUAUGCAGACUACAGACAUCCUGACAUGUGGAAAAAUGACCUGGAGAGAGAUGAAACUGACUCUAAUAUUCCUUUUUCUAAACCAGACAGUAAAAAAUCAGACUAUCUCUACUCUUGUGGGGAUGAGACUAAGUUAAGUUCACUCAAAGACUCUGUGGUAUUUAAGACACAGCCUCCCUCAUUAAAAUUUAAGUCCAAGCGAAGAAAAGAGGAUGGUGAACGCUCUCGCUGCGUAUACUGCCAGGAAAGGUUUAAUCAUGAAGAAAAUGGCAGGGGAAAAUGUCAGGAUGCUCCAGACCCCAUUAAAAGAUGCAUAUAUCAAGUUAGUUGCAUGCUCUGUGCAGAGAGCAUGCUGUAUCACUGUAUGUCGGACUCAGAGGGAGAUUUUUCUGACCCUUGUUCAUGUGACACUAGUGAUGACAAGUUCUGCUUGAGAUGGUUAGCUCUGGUAGCUUUGUCUUUCAUAGUCCCAUGUAUGUGCUGCUACGUCCCUUUGAGAAUGUGCCAUCGCUGUGGUGAGGCAUGUGGGUGCUGUGGUGGCAAACACAAAGCUGCUGGGUGAGAGAAUCCAGUGCCAACAUGAGCUGAAAAUCUUCCUUUCCAGGAAUUAGCUAACUUGGAUUUGUGGAAGCUUUUGGCAAGCUAUAUGGAAUCUUGCCUGGUAUCACCGGGGCCACACACGCAGGAAGCAGAACUCGUCAGUUCCUGUCAUCUUAUAAGUGCUAGCCAUGCCUAACUUGUUCCCGUGAGCACGGCAUGCUGCCUGACAGGUUGUAGAAUAUCGGCAGAAGAAAAUCAUUUCUGGUUAUUGACUAUUAAAAGGUCAGCAUAAAAUAAGAUUCAACUAAAAGGGAUUAAUUUUUGGCAUUUUUAUAUUUAUGUAUUAGGUAAUGGGACUUUUAAAGGUUUGAAUUUAGUAGGACAUGAACUAAAAUGUGCACUAAGGGAUGAUUUCAAUAUAAGAAAGGUUAACACGAGGAUUAAAAGAAGUAAAACAAGUGCAACUAAAUCAUUUAUUAGUUGUUUUUUUGAAAGCAAUUUUAUGUAUAAAUAACAAAUGUUUAUAUUUAACUAAAUGUAAGGUACGAAUUAUUACAUAUUAAACUUUUCUUGCCCUUCCUAGUUCUGAGGUAGAUAUACAAAUAUCUACCAUCACAUUCCAUAUAGUCUGAAUAUUUAACUCAUCUAGAUAAUACAUUUGUAUUCCAUAUGAAUGAUUUGAUAUUUCAUCCUCAUUUCUCUGGCUACAGUUUAUAUUGAGUUAUAUCUGUACAUUCUGGUAAUCUAAAAUCUUUUAAACUAUUCUAAUAGCCUUGCGUGACCAACUUUUUUUUUAAAGCACAGAUGUAAUGUCUAAUGUUCUGAUUGGAACUUAACACUUAUUUUUAUAUAAAGAGACUGAGUAAAUGUAGAAACAAAGAGAUCUUUUUUGUUUUGUUGUGGUUUUUUUUUUAAUGUGGUAUUCAACCAGCAAGUUGUUUUUUUCAGAGUUUCCUCCUUCAAAAGUUUUUCUUGCAUUUAAGAAUGUUUUACAAGGCGAAAAGUGGAACUGGAUAGUCAGUGUGAAGCAGUUUUCUCGAUCUUGACGUCUCAUUCUGCUAAGCCAGAAAAUGUUCAGCUAUUUCACUAAUUUUUUCAGCUUAAUCCUCAGUACUUUUUACUCAUGUAACAAUGAUAACUUGUCUAAGUUAGUUUAUUUUUAUUUAAACAGGCAAAUUAUUUUUGUUUAAAAGGUAUGCAGAACUAUCCCAAGAAAGUAUUUAAUCUACCAUUGUGAAUGGAAAAUCUUGUACAUAUGAAUUUCUUUUGCAGAGCAAUUUGUAUUAUUGGAUAUUUAAUUUACAAAGUAAUAGGCUACAUAAUACAUGUUCCAACAAACUGGUUAAAAAGUACCUUGGGGUCAAAUUAUCUUUUUAAAUUUUUUUAUUUUUAGAAAUGUUAAAACUGACCACAUAAGGGAUUCUUUAAGAAUAUUCCCUUUGAAGAUAAAGGUGAGAAGUGUGCCUUUUUCUAAUGGCUUAAAGUUUCAGAGAUGAUAGAAGUUAAAACCACACUACCAUUUGAAGCUCAUUUUUCUAUGCAGGUUUUUAAAUGUCAUGUAUGUAUUAUUCAUAUUACAUAUCACACUUGUUAGCUUUCUUAUUUUGCCCCAGGUCAAACUGAACAAUGUAUAUAACACUAUCUGUCUGUAAAAUACUUUUUUUAAGAAAGCAUUUAUAUUUAUAUGACAGCUUGAACUGACAACAUUGUGUAUAUAGAUCAUCUUGAAGUAUUAUUUCACAUUGAAAAGAAGAAAAAUAUAUUGAUAACUAUAGAUGUUAUGAAGAAGAGGCUAUUUCUAGUUUUGUACUAAAAAUCAAUUGGAUGAAGUAAAUCCAGAGCAGGACACUGUAGCAGCAGUCUCGAGUCUUACUGUUACUGUUUAUAUAAACAGGACACUAUAGCAGCAGUCUUUCUUAAGUCUUAUUUUCACUGUUUAUAUUUGAACGCUGCUACACCAGAUGAUCUUCACCCUGAAGUUUUCUGCUAAACUUGGUUUCCUAGAAUAGACUGUUAACUUUCAAAAUCCCUUUUUAUGGCUGAAAUGGAAAUACUUGUUUUCCAGUUUAUAAUUCAGGUUUGAGCAAGGUGUGAAUAACUGAAGAGAAUAACUUGCUGGCUCUGUAGGAAAAUGCUGUGGAAAUGAACUGUAUAUAUCCUUCUGGGAAGAACACAAUUAAUCAUUUCUUCUGUCAAGCACUAAUCAGGAUAGUGCGACUCCUGGUCCUGUACUGUAUUUUAUAUGCAACAUAUAUGCUUUAAUACUGUAAUGUCUGUGCAUUAAUAUUUUCAGUUUAACCACUGUGCUGCUAAGGUUUUGCCAUCCCAUCCCUAUUUUUUUUUUCUUUACAAUUUUAAACAAGUUUCUUCAUUAAAACUAUGGUGAUGAAAUGGUUUUUAUUUCACCUUGGGUCUUCAUGUUUAACAGACAGACACAACUUGCAGGUCAGUCAGAAAACUGAUAGUGUACUGUUACCUGAAUCCCUCUGUGGAAAUUUUUCUUGAAUAAAUAAAACUUCCUAUGUGCAGACAAGUGGGUAGUUGAAGGUCUCUGACUCUCAAGCACGUGUAGGCACAUUCAGAAGUGUUUUCUUGUUAUUCACACAUUUGGCACUGCCAUUUGUCAUUUCCUCUAAAACCUUUUCUCGUGUAAGAACAUGGCUCAAUGAAACUGUUAAAGCCCAUGUUGCAAAUUAAACCAUCUAAAUGGCAUGACAACAAAGAUGAGCAUGUUUGUUCUGGCCCAAAGGGAAUCAUCUCUGAAGAAACAUCAUGUGGAGCUUCAGCGCCACCUACUGGAUAAUUUGUAGACUGGACGUGAGGUGGAGAAUGGGUCCAGCUAGCUCAUCACUCCCACUGGUAAAGGGCUAUUCAGUGGUGGCCACCUCCCACUGAGGACACCAGGAGUGAGAAAAGUCUUAAAGGAAAUGUGCGAUAAUUCUAUUCUCUAAUACAUUCUUUUGGUUACUCAGAGAUUUUAAGCACUUUUUUCUUAUCCUGUUUUAAAAUACUAAGUGAUACUUGGAACUGUCAAAUUCUGCAUAUACUAAAGGCAUUAAUAAAAACCAGUUCCUUUCACUCACAAAAGCCAUUGCCAAAAUGGUGUUCUUAUUUUUCUUCCCAUUGCCAGUCAGGGAGAAAUUUUAAAAAAUAAACAAAAUUGUAUUUUAUCAUGACAACUUUAGAGAGUUUAUAUAUGUUUCUGAGAUGAAAAUGGGGCAGGGGUUAAAAUUUAAAGGAGAAAACUUGAAACUACCUAUUUUUCAUUGGUUCUUCAGCAGUGCCUAAAAUGAGCUUUUGAAAUAAUACAAUUGCACUUUCAGUUUAUGUGCAGCGCCAUCUGCUCCCUUGGGUCAGCCUUUUCCUUUCCCUCCUCUCGCUCCUUGCGGGUGUGGCACACAGAUUAUUCCUGAGAUCCACAGACGUUUCCAAGCUGCAGGAUAUGUGCUUUCCUCUCAUAGGCAAAGUAGACCUAAGGAUGUUUCUUUGUCACAGUUUAGGUUUCUGGAUCACACUUGGGAGUGUAUAACUCAGAAAUAAAGUGUUUAAGAGUAGUUUUCAUUGUAGUCCAAUGGUGCAUUAAACAAGAGUAACAUUUUUCUAAAAAAGAACAUUGAGAACUUUAGUUAACUGGUAAAAGCAGACUGUUGACUAGAUAUUGUUCUCUAUUUUUAUUGGGCCUUCAUAAUAUUUCUAAGUAUAAGGAAAAGUACUAGAUACUUGCUUUAUUGUUCUGGGGUGUCUUGUGGGCAAGUUAAACUUGAAAAAAAAAAUUUAAGGAAAAGCCAGGUGUGAUUUUAUGUAAACCAAAAGUGUGUGUGAGAAGAAAAUUUGCAAAGGGCUUUAAGGUAUGUUUGCCUAGCAGCCAGGUACUUUUAUCAAGUGUCCUGCACUUUGGUAUCCUGGCUAAUGUUCACCAUUGUUCCUGAAAGCUUCUAAAAUUGCAUAAGUUGUUAAUUUUGAAAAUUUUAAGAAUAAUCUAGUCAAAAGCCUUUGUAUUAAAGAUACACAUAAAAUUUUGUGAAUCUUUCCAGUGAGCAGUAUCAUGUGCUUUGUUUUCUUGACCUCAAAAGUGCCUCACUUGUAUAUUAUUUCCAUUAAAAGCUUGACUGUGUUCUUUCUAAUGAGCAGUGAGAGCCUGUUUAACUCAUGUCAUAAUGUGUCUCCUCAGAUGGUUGACUGGCUUGAGAGUUCUGAGAACAUAAUGUAAAUAUGCAGAUAGAAGUUUGUAGCUGUUUUUGUUAUAUUGAACCCAUGUAAUUGGACAUAACAGAUGAUAGAAGGAUUUGUUUUCAUGAUUUCCCCUCCCUUGGAAUUACCUGAUUAAACCUAUCAUGAAAUUUAAAAGGACGUGUUCUUACUCCUGCAGAGCAUAUCAAGUCAUGUAAGAGGUCACCGCUCAAGGAGAAGGCAUGACACAAAGCUUUCUGUCUGCGUCGUUGAAAGCUUCAUGCUUUAGUGGUAUGUUCACAUGUAUUUUAUGAGUGGACUUACCCUUGACCGUUUCCAGAUUUGUGUUAGUCUUGUUAUUUAAUAUGUUUAUUGUUUGGAAACAUACUGCAGCUGCCUGGAUUUACCACCUUAAAGACAUGUGGCACGUGUUCAACCCAGGUUACUACUGUGUAUACAUACAUGUGUGCAUGUGCGCGUGUGCACACGCUAGCUGCUUGCACUUGUACUAUGAGCAGAAACAAUUGUUGGAGCAGUUGUCUAAUCAAAAGUGAUAGUGUUUCUCAACACCAGAACAACUUUUUUAAGCUUAUACUCUGUUAGAGCUGUAUUCGUUUGAGCAAUCAAGAAUGAGCUAUAAUAAAUACUCAGCACCAAGUUAAUAUGCACAAGAAGCAGAGCAGUUCUUCCAUCAGGGAAGUUGAGUUCCUGCUAUGCCAUCAGUAUGGUGUCUCACACAGUGCUCCCUGAAAGAAACGAGUGAGUGAGUACUAACAGGAUGCUAGCUGGAGGCAAUUCCUUUAAAGUUAAUUGCUUGAGACCUCCAGUUUUAGAUCCUUGACAUGAUGGCUCAGAAAAGUAUGUUCAUAAUAAAAGUCUUAAAAUCAUA